CGUUGCCACAGCGACGCCGACGCCAUGGCCGCCGUGCCCGGGCCGCUGCAGCCCGCCGAGGCUGAGGCGCUGGUGCGGGCCCUGCAGGGCUCCGAACUGAGGGACAUCGGCAGUCAGGGAUGGCUUCGGCAGCACGAGUAUGUGGAGAAGCUCAACAUGCACGGCAUCCUGAGCGCCUCAGCGGGCCAGGAGCAGCUCCUCACCGAGCUGCUGGUCACCCAUGCCAAGAUUCCUGUUCUCAUUGGGGAGCUGAUCUCUGUGGAGAUCUGGAAGCACAAGAUCUUUCCCGUGCUGUGCCGGCUGGAGGACUUCAAGCCAAGAAGCACCUUCCCCAUCUAUGUGGUGCUGCACCAUGAAGCCUCCAUCAUCAACCUCCUGGAGACAGUGUUCUUUUACAAGGAGAUCUGUGAGUCAGCAGAGGACAGCAUUCUGGAUUUGAUUGAUUAUUGCCACCGCAAGCUGACCCUGCUGGCAGCUCGGAGCACCAAGGCACAAGCAGUGACCUCAGCAGAGCUUCGUGCUGAGCGUCUGGCCAGCCCCUCAUCCAUGCAGGAGCUGCAGAAGCAGGCAGAGAUGAUGGAGUUUGAGAUUUCCCUGAAGGCCCUGUCCGUGCUGCGGUUCAUCACUGACCAGGUGGGCAGUCUGCCCCUGAGUGCACUGACACGGAUGCUGAAUACCCACAACCUGCCGUGCAUCCUUGUCGAGCUGGUGGAGCACUGCCCCUGGAGCUGUUGGGAAGCAGGCAAGCUCAAGAAGUUUGAGAAUGGCACAUGGCACGUGGUGCCCCCUGAGGACCAGGUGAAGAUGACCAAACUUGAUGGGCAGGUGUGGCUUGCCCUCCUCAACCUGCUGCUCAGUCCUGAGUGCCAGCACAAAUACCGCUUCGAUGGCUUCAACAAGAGCCAGCUCCUCAAGCUCCGUGCAUUCCUGACAGACAUCCUCAUUGACCAGCUGCCCAACCUGGUGGAGAUGCAGAGAUUUCUGAGUUACCUUGCAGUGACGGACCCUGCUCCCCCCAAAAAGGAUCUCAUCCUAGAGCAGGUUCCUGUUAUCCGGGACCAUGUCCUCAAGAAAAACUCAGGGAAGUGGGAGGCCAUUGCCAAGCACCAGGUGAAGCAUGCCUUCAGCCCCACUGAGGAGGAGCUGAAGCUCCAGGCACGCAGGUGGGCACAGACCUACAGCCUGGACAUGAUGGAGGCUCUGGCCCCUGACAAGCCCCGCUGCAGGGUGUGUGGUGUGGAAGCAGCCAAGCGCUGCUCUCGCUGCCGGAACGAGUGGUACUGCACACGGGCCUGCCAGGUCCAGCACUGGCAGAAGCACAAACCUGCCUGCAACCUGAUGGCUGAGGUGUCAAGGAGUGUGGAUGACCUGUAAGUGAAGUCGUGUAUGGCAUGUGGCCCGUGGCUCAGAGAGGCAGAGAUUCCCCCAAUGUGGAGCCCACAGCUGGAAAGAAGCUGGCAAAGGCCCCUUCCACCUGCUCCCUGCCGCAGGGAGCACUAGCCAGGGUCAGCCUCUCCUCUCCCACCACCCCACCAUGCUGCUUUCCCCAAUAAACCUCCUUGUGCAUCCCAGAGCUGCUUUCCUUCUGCUUUUUCUCUCCUAGCUGAAGAUAACAACUGCAUCCUCCCCUCCCUUCCACACAGUAAGAGGCAUGUGUCUAUUUUCCCCUCUGCAACAAAUUAAUCCCAGAUAAUCCAAAAAAGCCUGUAAGG